AGCAGCAACUUCUAGCUACACCACUCUUCUCACGAGCCCCUGCAGGGAACCAACACUACAUCACCCUUCAUAUCCUUCAGACUAGUGCUUUAGCUAACUUGUCCAUUCGCAAGUGAGAUGGAGUGCGAGAAUGGCGAGGCUGCUGCCAACGGCAACAUCUUGUGCAUGGCAAUCCAGCAUGCCGACCCGCUUAACUGGGGGAAGGCGGCGGAGGAGCUGACGGGUAGCCACUUGGACGAAGUGAAGAGGAUGGUGGCAGAGUACCGCAAGCCCGUGGUGACGAUCGAGGGCGCAAGCCUGAGCAUCGCCAAGGUCGCGGCCGUGGCAGCUGCUGGCGAGGUGGUGGUGGAGCUCGACGAGUCUGCCCGCGAGCGUGUCAAGGCCAGCAGCGACUGGGUCAUGAACAGCAUGAUGAACGGCACCGACAGCUACGGUGUCACCACCGGUUUCGGUGCAACGUCCCACCGGAGGACCAAGGAGGGAGGCGCCCUCCAAAGAGAGCUCAUCAGGUUCCUCAACGCUGGUGCGUUCGGCACCGGCUCCGACGCUCAUGUUCUGCCGGCUGCGACCACACGUGCGGCCAUGCUCGUCCGCAUCAACACCCUCCUUCAAGGAUACUCUGGGAUCCGGUUCGAGAUCCUCGAGGCGGUUGCCAAGUUGCUCAAUGCCAAUGUCACGCCGUGCCUGCCCCUUCGUGGCACCAUCACCGCGUCGGGUGACCUGGUUCCGCUCUCCUACAUUGCCGGACUGAUCACCGGCCGCGACAACUCCGUGGCGAUUGGCCCAGAUGGCACCAAGGUGAACGCCGCCGAGGCGUUCAAGAUAGCUGGCAUCCAUGGCGGCUUCUUCGAGCUGCAACCAAAGGAAGGUCUCGCCAUGGUGAAUGGCACGGCUGUGGGCUCUGCUCUUGCGUCCACCGUGCUCUUCGAGGCAAACAUUCUUGCUCUCCUCGCGGAGGUCAUUUCUGCCGUGUUCUGCGAGGUCAUGAACGGCAAACCGGAAUUCACCGAUCACCUUACCCACAAGCUCAAGCACCAUCCAGGACAGAUAGAGGCAGCUGCUAUCAUGGAGCACAUCUUGGAGGGAAGCUCCUACAUGAAGCUUGCAAAGAAGCUUGGCGAUCUUGAUCCGCUGAUGAAGCCUAAGCAAGACCGGUACGCACUCCGGACAUCCCCACAGUGGCUUGGACCACAAAUCGAAGUUAUUCGUGCUGCCACCAAGUCAAUUGAGCGUGAGAUCAAUUCCGUCAAUGACAACCCGCUCAUUGAUGUCUCCCGUGGCAAGGCGAUUCACGGUGGAAACUUCCAAGGGACCCCUAUUGGCGUGUCCAUGGACAAUACCCGCCUCGCAAUCGCAGCCAUUGGCAAGCUCAUGUUUGCUCAAUUCUCAGAGCUUGUCAAUGACCUUUACAAUAAUGGUCUACCAUCAAACCUAUCCGGUGGCCGCAACCCAAGCUUGGACUACGGCUUCAAAGGCGCCGAGAUCGCCAUGGCCUCUUACUGCUCGGAGCUGCAGUUCUUGGGCAACCCGGUGACCAAUCACGUCCAGAGCGCCGAGCAACACAACCAGGACGUUAACUCUCUUGGUCUCAUCUCCUCCAGGAAGACUGCAGAGGCCAUUGAAAUCCUCAAGCUCAUGUCCUCGACUUUCUUGGUUGCCCUCUGCCAAGCUAUUGACCUACGCCACAUCGAGGAGAAUGUCAAGAGCGCAGUCAAGAGCUGUGUGAUGACGGUGGCAAAAAAGACACUAAGCACCAAUUCCACCGGUGGCCUUCACGUUGCGCGCUUCUGCGAGAAAGACCUGCUCCAGGAGAUUGAGCGCGAGGCAGUGUUUGCCUACGCCGACGACCCUUGCAGCCCUAACUAUCCACUCAUGAAGAAGCUACGUGGUGUGCUUGUGGAGCGCGCCCUCUCCAAUGGCAUGGCCGAGUUUGAUGCGGAGACUUCCGUGUUGGCAAAGGUUGCCUUAUUUGAGGAGGAGCUACGCAAGACGCUGCCCCGGGCGGUCGAGGCUGCACGCGCUGCCGUAGAGAGCGGCACAGCUGAAAUGCCCAACAGAAUCACCGAGUGUCGCUCGUACCCUCUCUACCGGUUUGUGCGUGAGGAGCUCGGAACUGUAUACCUAACCGGAGAGAAGACACGAUCACCCGGCGAGGAGCUCAACAAGGUGCUCGUGGCCAUUAACCAAGGCAAGCACAUCGAUGCACUGCUUGAGUGCCUCAAGGAGUGGAACGGCGAACCCCUGCCCAUCUGCUAAACUCAGAACAUACAAGCAGAAGAUGGGAGGACGCAGAGAAGGUGGUUUCUCAGAUUUCCGAGACAAGUGAAUAAUACUAUAUUUAGCGGGGCAGAAUGUUUUUUCUUUCAAGUUUCUUGUAUGCAAAGCUGCAAAACAAAUUCAACUGUAACUUAUUGAAGUAUCACGAAUUAUAUUACAUGAUACUUUAAGCAUUCUAUAUGUUCCACUGUAACAAA